AUGCCCACACCCGCCCUAGCAACCACAAAGCGCAAAUUCCACAAACUCCUUGACUCUAUCUCCUCCGCCGCGUCCUCCCCGCUCCCCUCCUCCACCACUACCACCACAAACACAACAAACAACUCCACCACCACCCUACCCUCCCAACCCUCCAAACGCGCCCGUCUCGACUUCACCCGUCCUCGCUCCUCUUACAUCCCUCCAAGCCAGCGCACCAUCAUAUCGCGCUCGUCGCCGACGCGUCCAUCCUCUGUUAUUGUUCUACCACCAACUGCGCCUCGGGUCAACGGAGUCGGUGAAAAGUUCGAAAGGGAAGGAAAGGAGGGGAAGGAGGGGAGGGGAAAACCAAACUUCGCGCCCUGGGAUCGCGAGCAGUUCCUGCAGCGAUUGAAAACGUUCAGGUUCGUGGACAAAUGGGCGGCGAAACCUGAGGGGGUUGGGGAGGUGGAGUGGGCGAAGCGGGGGUGGAGUUGUGUGGGGAGGGAGAGGGUGAGGUGUUUAGGGGGUUGUGAGGGGGAGGUUGUUGUUAGUCUUGAGGGGGCGGUGAGGGGUGGGCGAGAAGAGGGGGAUGUAGGUGAGGGGAAGGGGGAGGAUGGGGAGGAUGAAGGAAGGGAGGGGGAGGAAGAUGAGGAGACGUGGAGAGAAGACGCGCAGAAAGUGCUUGUUGAGAAAUAUGCGGAGAUGAUGGCUACAGCGCACGAAGGAAGUUGUCUCUGGAGGCGACGCGGGUUACCGGUCAUCAACCCCACCAUUGCGCUCGAGGGGCUGCGGACGAGGUAUCAGUCGCUGAUCAAGAUGGCGGCCGAGUUGCCAGAGAUGAUGUCUACGCCGGACAGCCUUGAUCUGGCUAAGCUGGGGGAGUGGUGCAGACCAGCCGUACUCCCAUCAUCCAAUACUAACGCUACGGCGGUGGACGGUGCAGCUGCAGAAGCGGAGCAAGUCAAUACAUCAGCGCUCACGCUCGCUUUGUGUGGAUGGCAGGCAGAGGAAGACGGCCACAUCUCCGGCCUGGCGACAUGUACGGCUUGUUUCCGCCGGCUUGGACUGUGGCUGUUCAAAGGUCCCGCUGACGGCGGGGGCGGGGAGGGUGAUGUGGGGAGAGAAGCAAGCAUGGCACGCCUUGAUGUGGUUGAUGAGCACAGAGAUUACUGUCCUUGGGUCAAUGCUAUCUCGCAGAAUGGAGGAGGGAGGAGGACAUCGUUGGAUUCGUUGGCCGGGUGGGAGAUACUUGUCAGAGCGGUGAGGAAUUCGGCGAAGAGGUGGAGGGAGGAGGCGAGUGAGCGAGAAAGUGAACGAGGGGAGGCUAGAGCAGGGGUGAAUGGGGUGGGUAGGGAGGAGAGUGGGGAUGUUGAUGGCGCGAGCGUGAUGAGUCAGGGUGUGAGUGUCGAGGAGGAGAAGAAGAGGGAUGAGGAGAGAUGGGCUAGGUUGAAGAGGCUGAAGCAGGUCUUUAACGUGAAGGGUAUGAAGAAGCGGGGCGCGGAGCAGAGCGUCGUGAGAAGUGCUGGAUAG